UGCAUAGCCAUAUCCUCGACUGACAUUCCACCUACAAGAGUUUCUUUGACUAUCUUAUGGAAUUGGGUUUGAUUAACUUCCACAGAAUUGAACUCAGCACGAUAAUGUGUUUUCCUCGAGUUUGGUGUUGUUGAUGCCGAAUUGCGGCUGGAACUUUGUGGUUUGUGAUUUAGACUUUAGUAAGCCGAGCUCGUGAAGCUCUGUGUGUUCUACUACAGCCGGACCCGUUUCUUAAUGAGCUCACAAGCAUGUUUGAGCACAGCACGGAGAAAGGUUCGGUUUGGGUCACUCUCAAACGAUCAUCCUUGAAGUCUAAGGUGCAGAGGAAUAAGAUGAAAACUGCUGGUGAACCUCUUGACUACCGGUGCCUCAUUCGUGCAACCAAUGGGAAGAAGACAAUCUCUACUUCGGUUGGGGCAAAGGAUCACCAGAAGUUUCAAGCAUCUUAUGCAACAAUCCUCAAGGCUCACAUGACAGCUCUGAAGAAGAGGGAAAGGAAGGACAAGAAGAAAGCUGCAGAUGCAACAACGAAUAAGAAAGACGGGGAGAGCUCAAAGAAGAGACCUAAGAAGGUGUGAUGAUGUUUUAGCCUGUAAAAUCCCAAUUAUCAAAAUAUGUAGUUUGCGUCUUUCUUUUUACAAGGAGCAGAGGGGUUGAUAGGACUUUGAGGGAAGUAGUACAGAAUUGAGAAUUGUCCAUUUUGUUUCGCGCAAUCAAGAUUGCUGUCAUGUUUUUUGUUUUGGAUUGAAUGCCAUUUUUGUGCCGCCACUUGAGGUAUCAAAACGAUAAUGACUUUGAAGAUGUUUUCUAUUGGACUUGAUCCUCGGAGUAUAAU